AUGACGUCUUACUUGCUCAACGUCGUUUAUCUAUUGCUGCUGGUCUUCGCCUCCCCAGUGCUCCUGUACAAAUCGCUGCGCCAUGGCAAAUACCGCGAGGGGUGGCGGGCGAAAUUCCUGGGCGAAGUGCCCCGCCGCCACGGACAUCGAUACUGCAUUUGGUGGCACGCCGUGAGCGUGGGCGAGGUGAACCUGCUGGCCACCCUGUUGGCAGAAACCAAACGACAGCGGCCCGACUACGAAUGUGUAAUCUCCACCACCACGGCCACCGGCUAUGCGCUGGCCCGCAAGAAGUACCCCGAGCACUCGGUCUUCUACUGCCCCCUGGAUUUCAGUUGGGCCGUGAAGAAUGCGGUCAAACGAAUCCGUCCCGACGUGCUGGCCCUGGUCGAACUCGAAUUGUGGCCCAACCUCAUCAAGGCCACCAAGCAGCAUGGCGGAAGAGUUGCCGUGGUGAACGGUCGCCUGAGCCAACACAGCCACCGUGGCUAUCGCCGGGUGCGACCGUUCUGGAAGAAGGUGUUAGCCCAGGUUGAUCUGAUCGCUGCCCAGAACGACGAAUACGGCGAUCGCUUCCUCGACCUCGGCGCCCCCGAGCAGAACGUGUACGUCACUGGCUCCACGAAAUUCGACGGGGCUCAGACCGAUCGCGAGAACGAUUCAACCAUCGCCCUCGCCCAACUGGCCGGCAUCCGUUCAGAGGAUAUCGUCUUCCUCGCCGGCAGUACCCAAGAGGGGGAAGAGCAAGCGGCACUGGAUGCCUACCGAUCGCUGUCUGAAGCCGAACCGAGGCUACGGCUCAUUCUCGUGCCGCGUCAUCCCGAACGCUUCGAAAACGUGGCCAAGCUGCUCGAUCGCUCGGGCAUCGAAUGGUCGCGCCGCAGCCAGCUUUCCAGCGAUGCCCCCGAGCCUGUAUCUCGCGUGCUGCUGGUCGAUGCGGUUGGCGAAUUGGGCGCCUGGUGGGGUACCUCGCACAUUGCCUUCGUGGGGGGGAGCCUCGGCAGCCGCGGGGGACAGAAUAUGAUCGAGCCUGCCGGCUACGGUGCGGCCGUUUCUUUUGGCCCCAACACGCGGAAUUUCCGCGACAUUGUUGAGACCCUGCUGGCCCGCGAUGCGGCCAUCGUAGUUCGCAAUCGCGACGAACUAAGGGGCUUCGUUCAGCGAGCGAUCGCCGAGCCAGAAUGGUCGGCCGCUUUGGGGCGUCGGGCGCAAGGACUGGUCUGCGAGCAACGGGGGGCAACCAAACGCACCGUCGAUCUGAUCACGCGUCUGAGCAAGCACAAAACGCACGGAAAUUAUCUGUUCACCAGCGAAUCGGUGAGCAAGGGUCACCCCGACAAGCUUGCGGAUCAAAUCUCCGAUGGAAUUCUCGAUGCCCUCCUGGCCGAGGACCCCAGCAGCCGCGUGGCCUGCGAAACCAUGGUCACCACCGGGCUGGCCGUGGUCGCCGGAGAAAUCACCACUCAGGCCUACGUCGAUUUUCGUGCCAUCAUCCGCCAGGUGAUUAACGAAGCUGGCUACACCGACGAUUCGAUGGGUAUCUCGGGCAACACCUGCGGCGUGAUGGUCUCCAUCGACGGUCAAAGCCCCGACAUUGCCCAGGGCGUCGAUGCCGACGAUCAGAAGGGCAAAGAUGUCGGCGCCGGCGAUCAAGGCCUGAUGUUCGGCUACGCCUGCAACGACACUCCAGAGCUGAUGCCGCUGCCGAUCGCUCUGUCGCACCGCAUUCUCAACCGCUUGACCGAAGCCCGUGAGAAGGAAGAGGUCAAAUGGUUGCGUCCCGAUAGCAAGAGCCAAGUGACGGUGGAAUUCGACUCCGAGAAUCGCCCCGUGCGAAUCGACACCGUGGUGGUUUCGACCCAGCACAGCGAAGACGUGACCACCGAAGAGAUCAAGAAUUGGGUCAUCGAGAACGUGAUCAAGCCGGAACUCCCGGCCGACCUGGUCUCGGGCCACUUCGGUCGCGACGAUGCCGACUUCACUUGGGAAGCAACCGGGAAAGCCGAAGAACUGGCCGAAGCCGCCGGGCUCAGUGCAGAUGACAUGGACGUCGUUGCUACCUCACCCACCCGCGUUCGCUCCUGGCCACAAUUGGCGUGGGUACCAUCCGCGAUUCUGCUGGGUACCGCACUGCUGCUGGUCGCCCGACGGGUGAGCGGAGCGCUCGAUCAACCGCUUCCCGCUGGGCUGCUACUCCUCACGAUCGCCGUGGCAUCUCUCACCGCGUGGGGCAGCGUCCGUGUAGUCGACUCAAACCCUCACGCACGCUGGGCAAUCUUCGGCAUCUCAGCCGGAGCUCUCGCACUGCUGGGGGCCGCAUUGAGUUUGCCCGGCACCUCGGGUCCAGUGCUCGGAACCCUGUGGACGUCGAUCGCAGUGGUGAUUGGACUUCUGGCGACCGAAGUUAUCCCACGCAAACGCAGGACGAACGUGCGAGCGGCGGACGCAACUGCCGGCCAGACUGACGAGGUUGAGGAACCGUCAUCCAUCGAAUGGCAACGACUCUCCCGGCUGAGGACCGACGCGGGAGAAGAUCGACUGGAAGGUUGGGUGCGGCUCGAAUGUGCCCCCGGUCAGCGAAACGAUGUGGUGUCACGCAGCUUCUGCCCUACGCGGCACGCAUCGAAGUGA